UUGUCCGUUUUAACUAGUAGUUCGAAGCAUACGAGUUUUUUUUCAGGUGUCAUCCUUUACAUUCUCUUGGUUGGUUAUCCUCCAUUUUGGGAUGAGGAUCAACAUCGUCUUUAUGCUCAAAUAAAGGCUGGCGCUUAUGAUUACCCAAGUCCAGAAUGGGACACAGUAACACCUGAAGCCAAGAGUCUCAUUGAUAGUAUGCUGACGGUAAAUCCAAAAAAGCGAAUCACCGCCGAUCAAGCACUGAAAGUGCCAUGGAUCUGUAAUCGUGAACGUGUAGCGUCGGUGAUGCACCGACAAGAUACUGUGGACUGCUUGAAGAAGUUCAACGCCAGACGAAAGCUCAAGGUGUGUUUUCUUGCAUUCUUUUCUCUUGUUGAAAUACAGUUGUGCUAA